UCUUUGUCUUGGCAAUGCGCUCCUUGUAGACGUAGCAAGCUAAAUCGACACACUGAACAAACAGCUAACGCUAGCUGGUUCGCUAAAUUAUGAAAAUGUAAUUAGCUAGCUCGUGCUAGCUGGCUAACGACAACGAAGACCCCCUGACAUGUCAGCGGGGCAAUUUGCUAUCUAACUAACGAUUUGUUGUCUUAUAAUGGCUUGGUGGCUACCAGUUGGGAAUUCCACCUCUGCAAUUUGCUCUUGCGUCUAAUACUUAAAAAAACCCUAUAUAGCCAGUGAGCUAAUUCUAGUUUACUGAAGUUGACUGAAGUGAUAGUACCACCAGCCCACGAGCAAAACGAAAGUAAUUGAAGACAGAAGCCCGUAGCACCUUGUCCCAAGUUUCACGAGGAACGUUUGAAAAAUAUGGGGUCGUCGCUCUGAAUUCUGAACUUCUGGAGGAAAGAGCUGCAGGCCCAUGAUGGCAAAUGCUGGUGGAGCAGCCCCCCUCUGUGGAGACCUGAAGGCCUUCCUGACCACCAAUCGCAGCCUCACUAAGAGCAAUAUUUCCAUGGUAACGCCAUCGAACUUCAAUCCAGCGAAGAUCACCUUAGGGCCUGUUAGUGUGAAUGUGGGCCCAUCAAUGCUUUCUCUCCCGCUCUCUUACCUUAUCCCUUCCCCCACCACCUCCUCACUCUUCCCACAGAUCAUCAGCACACCUCAGCGAGUUCAAAACUCAGGGAGCGUUCUUGUGGGGAGUCCCUUCACCCACACGCCCACCAUGGUGGCCCAGGGCCGCCCACCUCAGGUUUCAGAGUGGACUCCCGGUGCCAAGCGUACUCACGAUUUCAUAGAGUCAUAUUUCUCUGACCGGGACACGCUCUGUGCAGGUGACUCAUCCAGUAAAAGGCUGAAGAAGGGGGAUAAGAAUGGAAAGGGGCUGAGGCACUUCUCCAUGAAGGUGUGUGAGAAGGUGCAGCAGAAAGGCACCACCUCCUACAACGAGGUGGCCGACGAGCUGGUGGCCGAGUUCGCCAACUCCAGCAGCCUGAUGGCCGCUGACUCGCAGGUGUACGACCAGAAGAACAUCCGGCGGCGCGUCUACGACGCCCUCAACGUGCUGAUGGCCAUGAACAUCAUCUCCAAGGAGAGGAAGGAGAUCCGGUGGAUCGGCCUGCCCACCAACUCGGCCCAGGAGUGUCAGAACCUCGAGCUGGAGAAACAGAAGCGCAUGGAGAGGAUCAGACAGAAGAGAGCCCAGCUACAGGAGCUCAUACUACAGCAAAUCGCCUUCAAGAGCCUGGUCCAGCGGAAUCAGGCCAGCGAGGCGUCCUCCCAGGCCCCGCCCCCUCCCGGCUCCGUAAUCCAGCUGCCCUUCAUCAUUCUCAACACCAGCGUUCGCACCGUCAUCGACUGCUCCAUCUCCAACGACAAGUGCGAGUACCUCUUCAACUUCGACAACACCUUUGAGAUCCACGACGACAUCGAGAUCCUGAAGCGCAUGGGCAUGUCCCUGGGCCUGGAGAACGGGAAGUGCUCCCCAGAGAACCUCCGUGUGGCCAAGUCCCUCGUCCCCAAGUCCCUGGAGAGCUAUGUCACAGGUAUGGCCUCUGGCUCCACCCACACCAGUUCCCUGUCCGGCCUCUGUGGGGAUCAGGACUGCUCGUCUCUAAGCGGGGCCCAGAGCCGCAGCCACAGCAGCACCGCCGCCUCCCACGCCUCCGAGUCGCGCGGACAGACGCCCAGCUCCUUCAACGAGGACGAGGAGGAGGAGGAGGACGAGGACGACGAGCCUUCCUCCCCCGAGUGACUGGCGGGUUAAUCAUCCAGCCAGCCGACUCCCGCCCCAGGGGCAGGACUCCUCUUCCCGUCCAAUCAGAGAGAAGAACACGACCGCAGGAGGAAGAAGACGGGAAACAAGCUGCCUCAGUAGUUUAUAUUAAGAGUUUUUUAAUGAUAAAUCUCUCUCUCAGUCUGUAGGCAUAGGGAGCUGUGAGUUCAGUGCAGGGGUUUUCUGUGUGUGUGUGUGUGUGUGCUGGGGAGGUGCAGCUGGGUGUGAGUGAUAUACGCUUCUUAAUGCUUGUUUUCACAGCAGGUGCCCAUAUUUAUCCCACUGUCUCUGAACUCUUCAUGUUUUUCUUUCUCUGUUUAACUGGAUAUUUUUAAAGACAAUUAUACAUAUCUCCAUAUUUAUAUUUCCCCAGCUAAUGUCAAACCUGAAAACAUGUUUAGUAAUGUGUUGUUUAUGCUGAUUUUGUUUUUAUUUUGUUCCCUUUUUGGGGACGAGGGAGGCAUUCCCCCAGUUUAGUUAAUCUAACCCUGAGGUGUAAGAGCUGAAGUUUAGGCCAGAGGCCACCAGCCCCAGUCCUGGAGAGCAGGAGAGCAGCAGGGUGGCCUGAUUUGUUUUCACCUUCAAAGCAGCUACACGUUUAAGGCCAGUAAGCCAUCUGAGGUGAGCUAAGUGUGUAUUGAGCAGCUUUGAUUGGUCACUGAAGAGCUGAGUAACAGUAGGACUCUGCAGACUCUGACUCUACAGGCCCGGAGCUGGGGACUCCAGCUUUAGGCUGAUAGAAGGGAAUUUGUUGUUUUUUUUUUUUUUACACAGUGGCAACCAAUGCCAUUCCUGGAGAUCUACCGUCCUGUAAGUUUUCUCUCCAGCCCUACAAAGCACACCUCAUUCAACAGCUAGAGAUCUUGUUGAGCUGCUAAUUAGUAGUGUCCGGUGUGCCAAAUUAGAUUUGAAAUGAAAACCUACAGGAUGGUAGAUCUCCAGGAGCAGGGUUGGUUACCGCUGCUUUAACAGAACAAAAAUCACCCAUUUUGUACACAUUUGCUUUCCAUCUGCAUUUCUUUUUGCUAAUUCUCAUCAAAAUAACCCAGUGUUUUUCCUUGACAAAUAACUGCCCAUGACUGCAUUUGAAUGGGAACCUAAAGACGAGUCCCUCCACUGUCACCUGACUUUGGGCCCUCUGUAAAAGGAGUGUGCGUUCGGAUAGACCCCGACCGCACUGCCUGGCCUGCCACACCCCCAUGUGACCCUACAGACAUCCACCUUUCUCUCGAGGCACAGAGGUUACAAACAGCGAAUCCUUUCGAACUCUCACCUCAGCAUCUGCAGACGUUUCUUCCACGGGAAAAAAUAUGCUUGUACUCCUUAAGGUCUCCCCAGAGUGUGUGUAUAUGCCAUUUGCAAGUAUAACGUUGUAUGUAUAUAUACGUAUAUAAACAUAAUUUUUGUUUA